AUGGAUCGUGGGAGUGCCCUGCGCCGCGCGGGCAGCGUGCUCACGGAUUCGAGUUCCCGGGAACGCGACCGGAAGGACCUGGCUGGCUCCCUGCAGUCCGAGGGUGUGAUGCAGCUCCAGUUGGCGCUGCGCGUCGAGCUCGAGAGGCAAACGCGGCAGUUGGAGGAGAUCUUGGCGAAGCAGGCGCAGAGCGCCAUGGACAAGAAUGCGGAGCACCGCCAGGAAGUGCAGGGCAUCGCGGCGGCCUGGCAGCUGGUUGCCCGGACCUUGGGAGAGCAGCUGCAGAACGUGCAGAAGAAGGGCCAGGAGAGCGCGCGGCGCGUGGAGGCGGCGCUGGAGAAGACGCUCCAGGAGUCUGUGGAGCGGGAGGCGCAGCGGCACCAGGAGGUGCAGAGCGUGAGCGAAGCCUGGCAGACGCUGGGGCGCUCCAUUGGGGACCAGCUAGGCAGCCUGCAGAGGCUCGGGGGAAAGCUGGAGACCGGGCUGCAGCGCCUGGACAGUAAGAUCGAGGAGCAGCCUGGAAGCCUGUGCCUCGAGAGGCACGAGACCGAGAAUUUGCCGGGACAGCCUUCGGACGAGGAAGACUUCGCCCUGGAGGAUCUGGAAGGCGAAAAGGCGCGGGUGUCUCCCUCCAGAACGAUGCGCUUCAAUAGGUCGCAGACGGAGGAUAACGAGCAGAGCUUUGCCGAGAUGCAGAAAGAGUUUGGCGUGAGGGACAAGAACCUGCGGGCUGGGACGAUGGUGCCUGCCGAUCAGAAGGUGUUCUGGCUGCGCCGCUGCUGCAUACAGAUCGUCGCUCACAAGCGCUUUGAGAUGCUGUGCUCGGCUCUGGUGAUACUGUGCGCUGCGACAAUUGGAAUAGAAGCUGACUACACCAUCCAGCAUGCCCUGGAUUCACAGCACCCUGUUUUCCGUGGCUUGGACAUGGCCUUUAACUUCCUCUUUGCCCUGGAGCUAUUUGUGCGCUGGGUAUCGGAGGGCUUCUGUCCCUUCUUGAGCUGCGAGAAUCCCCAGUUCCGGUGGAAUUGGAUGGACCUGGGCCUGGUCUCCUCCUCCGUGGUGGAGGAGCUGGGCGCGCUGCUGGCAGCUGCGUCCUUCCUGGAGGUUUCGGCGCUGCGGAUGCUGCGCAUGAUGCGCCUGGUGCGGGUCGCCCGGAUCAUCCGCAUGCUGCGAUUCUUCUCAGAGCUCCGGGUCAUGGUGAACGGCAUCAUGGGGUCGGCAAAGCCACUGCUCUGGGCCUUUGUCUUCCUGCUGAUCCUCAUGUUCAUGGUGGGAGUGACCUUCAUGCAGCUGGCCGCCAACUACUUGUCCCAGGCCCAGGCUCCGGGCAUGAUGGAUGAGAACUUGCUGGUGUACUGGGGCUCGCUCUCGCGCACCAUGAUGACUUUGUACAUGGCCAUCAGCGGGGGCGUGGACUGGAAGGACUGCGUGCAGCCGCUGCAGAAGGUGUCUGAGGCGUUGGAGUAUAUGUUUGCCACCUAUGUCUUCUUCACCUUGUUCUGCUGCCUGAACAUUGUUACGGGCAUCUUCGUGGACAACGCCAAGGCCUUGAAGUCUGCGGACGAGGACGCCAUGUAUUUCGAGGCGUUGACAGAGCGCAAGCGGUGGAUCGCCGAGGUGAAGGAUCUCUUCAUGAGACUGGAUGCCAGCAUCAACGGCAAGUUCACGAUAGCGGAGUUCAAGGCACAGAUCUCCAACAUCAAAGUUCAGACAUUGUUCAGAAAGCUGGGCAUCAACCUGGACGGUGUCAAUGCGGAGGAGCUUUGGAGCAUCCUGGAUGCCGACGACAGCGGUGCCAUCGAUGAGGAAGAGUUUGCAAGAGGUCUCAAGUACUUCCAGGGCCCCGCCCAGAGCAUCCACAUGUACCGCCUCACGCGGGAGCACGAGCGGCUGCAGGAGAAGGUGGAGUCGGUGGCGGAGGCUUGCCAACAAAUCCUGGCACAGCAGAUAAGCUCCCCGCGGUCGGAGAGGCCGAGGGGCCGUCAGACGACCAGCCCUAAAAACGCUCUGGAGGCUUAG